AUGCAACUUGAUUGUGAUGUCUCUGCUGUUCCUUGGUGCAAUCACUUGCAUUUUCUUCAGAGAAUUGACUUUGCUGUCUUGUUUUUACAGGUUGUUAUCGAUGCCUUCAGAUUAAUCAAUGCUAAUAUGAUGGUCUUAGGACAUGAACCAAGACAGACAACUUCAAAUCUGGGUCACUUAAACAAGCCAUCUAUCCAGGCUUUAAUCCAUGGGCUGAACAGACAUUACUAUUCCAUUACUAUCAACUACAGGAAGAAUGAAUUAGAACAGAAGAUGUUACUGAAUUUACAUAAAAAAAGUUGGAUGGAAGGUUUAACUCUUCAGGACUACAGCGAACACUGUAAGCUCAAUGAAACAGUGGUAAAGGAAAUGCUGGAACUAGCAAAGAACUAUAACAAGGCUGUGGAGGAAGAAGAUAAAAUGACACCUGAACAGCUGGCAAUAAAAAAUGUUGGCAAGCAGGAUCCUAAACGUCAUUUAGAAGAACACGUGGAUGUGCUGAUGACUUGCAACAUUGUCCAGUGUUUAGCAGCAAUGUUGGAUACUGUUGUAUUUAAAUAAUUACUUACUCAUAAAUGUUAUUUCCUGACUAUAAUCAUCCAUUGUUUAAAGCACUGAGGCUAAGAUAUAUUUGGAUGUCAGAGACAUCUGGCAUCAUUUGCAGUCUAAGAGCAUCACUCUAACACCUUUUCAUCUCUGUUGUACAAUUACUUUGGAUGUUGUUUUUUUUAAUGCAAGAUCUCUGCAGAUUCUAAAACAAUUCAAGAACCAAGUUAUAAAAUGUAUUUUCAUUUUAAUAUUUUGAAGAUAAUGGCAGCACAUAUAUACAUUAAUUAUUGCUAUGUGGCUUUUAAAAAAAUCUGUUAACCUACUUAGUGUUUUGCUGAUGUUGUGACUGGGAAAGAACUGUCAAUUAUUGACAGUACUGUACAAAACUCAGCAAGGAGAGAAAUGCCUCUUAGUAAGCUGAUGAUCUAUGAAGACCUGUGCCAUGGACAUGAUUUUUUCAAAAACCUGUUCAGAUUACAGAUUCCUUUAUAUGAAUCAGGGUUAAGUCCCACAGUAUUUUUACCAGCUUGGACUCAACCUUGAAAUACAAGAAAGAAAACAACAAUGCUCAUAGACAAAUGCAGAGCACUUCCCUAUGACUGACUAUAGUGUUUGCUUCUAAAAGCCCCAGGAUUAAAGCUUUUCAAGUCAGAGGGAUAUGACUUCAAGUAGGCCUAAACCUGUUUCUGCCACCUUUAACUAUGGAUCAGGACUGUUCACCACCAUUAGUAGGGUAGAAUUGCAUAAGGUUUUAAAGAUAACUUGAGAUUGUCUGGCUCUGACCCAAUAAAAUAUUAAUUGUUGAAAGUGGUAAUAGCUAACAUUAAUUUGAUACAUUUGAGCAAUACUUAUAGACAAGGAGCAGUGGGUUCCUUAUGCAGAUGAGCCACAAGUGCUAUUAAUCUUGCCAAAAUGCCAGUGAAAACCUGAUCAUAAAUUUUGUUGAACCUUCUAGCUAUAAUGACAUUUCUGUAAGUUCCACAUCUGCUCUGUCAAGCACAGAAGUCAGUAGAAUUCCCAAGAAGUACAAUUCCCUGUCUCUGUCACCAAUUUUCCUCCCGCCAUACAGCUGUAAAGAGCUCUCCAAGUGUAUGAACAAAACCCAGAAGGUAAUGAAAGGCUGUGUCCAUCAUCUGAAAAAUAACAACAAACCUAUUACAGACAAAUGGUCAUCAAAAUAUGAACAUUCUUUGUCAACCUACUCUGCAAACACCAUUGAAAUGCAUGCUGAGACAUCAAAUUACAAUUUAUUUUAGGUUUUUUCUUUUUAACUGAAAAAUAGACAUUUAUUGAAAGAAAGCUGGGGGGCUCUUCAACAUUAUGUACACAACUAAAGUAUAAGAAAAAAAAGUUGACUGCUUCAUGAGAUACUGCUAUGAAAACCAAUUUUUAAUUUGUAAAUGAAAUACAAG